UCUGCUGCUAUGAUUAAAAAAGCAACUAUGGCUGCUUUCUCCACAAAGCCUGCUAAACACUACAAUGUUCGAUCCAUUAGUUUGCCAACUAGAUCACAUCCAACCACACUUAGAGUUGAAGAAGAGCUUAACAAGCUUACGUCUAGGGAGAUGUACUCAUCUUCUUCAAAAGCAGAGAAAAUUUGGUCUGGUCUAUCUGGUCUUGGAGAGUUGUAUAAAUGUAUAGGUGAACUUUUUAGUUUGCCAAUGACCCAAGAAGCUCUAGCUCAACAUCAGAAUGAGAAAUGGGUCAAUGAAUUGCUAGAUGGUUUGUUAAGGUACUUAGACAUCUGUGGCAAUACUAGGGAGGCUAUUUUGUUAAUGAAAGAAAGUGUUCGUGAACUUCAAUCAGCUCUUCGGAGAAGCAAGUGUGGGGAGAUGGGUAUUGAAAGCAGUGUUACUGCUUAUAUUUGCUCUAGAAAGACAAUGAAGAAGGAAAUUGCCAAGUGUCUUGCAUCAUUGAAACAUGUGGAGAACAUAUUGGAAGCCUCUCCACUUCUUGAUACUCUUAAUGACCACCUCUACUUGGUGAUUGGAAUGCUUAGAAGAGCAAGUUUAAUCACAACUUCCAUCUUGAACUCACUCUUGUCAUUCCUCUCUGUGGCGCCAAUGCUAAAGCCAAAGCCUACGAGAUGGUCACUGGUUUUGAAGCUAGUGCACAAGAGGGUUGCAACAUGUGAAGGUCAAUGGGAAGUGAAUGAGUUCGAGAGUGUGGACGUCGCACUGAGCAAUCUGUUGGUGCAACAAUCAAGCAAAGAUGUUGAAGCAGAGAAGAUUGAACCUGCGCAUGAGAGACUGCAGGCUUUGGAUGCUAUUAUUGAAGGUUUUGAACAUGAAUUGGAAGGGAUGUUUAGGCGUUUGAUCCAUGCAAGAGUCACUCUUUUGAAUAUACUUUCUCAAUAGA